ACAGCUCUUUUGUGUGCUAAAGAUAGAUUUAGUAUUAAACGUUAAAAUGUUGCUUUCAGCAUAAUGUUAGUUUUUAUCACUGCAUUGAAACGUAGAAAGACGUUUAUGUAAAUUUCAGAUAUGUUUUAUUGUACUGAAUUUGUCAUUCUCCAGAGUGCUCUUCAACUGGUUGAAAAACAGGAAAAAUUGUCCAUUGGCAAGGCUAAAGUCAAUCAACCAGUGUGUAUAGUAAAACUAGCUGUAGAGGAGAUUGUGAGGGGACUGGAAGAGGACAAUGAGCCAGAGGAUAAGCUUUGGUGGAGUAAGAGGGUUCAUUCCGUGAUUUUGUACAAGGUUCUGGCUUCACAUUAUAAGAAAUUGCCAGAUGAGGCCACUGCUUGCUCAGUGCAGGAGGUUACAGACAUCUUCCAAGAUGGAUGGAUGGAACCAAAAAAGGUUGACAGUCAAGAUGUCUUGUCAGACAUUUUGCCCUCUAUCAGCAAGUCGCUGUACUUCAGUCUUGUGAAGGAGUGCUGCUGGCAUGGAUUCCUGACAGAGAUUCUCUGGCAUUUGAAAAAAGAUUUUUCUAGUCAGUUAAUCCAAGAUGGAAUAGGAUAUCUAAACCAACUAGACAGCCAUGAUAUCUGUGACAUCAAGUUAGGAGCUUGUCUUAUUGAACACAUGAUGUCAUAUCUGAUAUCUGACAGUGUUAAAGACAAUAUUCAGGGAGCACUAUCUCUGUUUCCAGAUGUUUUGACUCAGUUUUGUAGAAUAAUGGACAGUGUGAAGGAAGCCUCCUUAGGAAAUGAAGAUAUUACUCUACUAACAACAUGUUUCUAUCAGAUCUCACUGUUACUGUGUUUGCACAACAAAGAUGAAAGUAUCAAAAAUUUGCAAAAAUGGUUUGAUGGAAAUGCCAUUGCUACCAAAAGUAGCACUUCAGAGAAAAGUUUAAUCUUAAAAGACUACUUUGGUAAAUUUAUGAUGGAUAACAUGCGUGGGUGCUAUUUUGACUUGAACAAUGAAGUUGUCAAUUAUCUUAGAGAAAAUCUUUCAUCACAAUGCCUCUUUACUUCUCUAAUUAAAUUGAUGUCUUUGGGGGGUCCUACGUUAUGCUGUUCCCUACUUGAUUCUUUGUCAUCAGAUUCUGAAUUUAGAUUUGUAUGUAUUUGUGAGAGUGAGAUUCUAAUGUAUUCAGAAAAUCAAAGCAAAAAAUCAGACAUGAACAAAGUGAAAGUCAAUUUUUAUAGUAGAAACCUCAUAAGGAAAAUGAUUCAGUUGCUACCAGGAGCAUGUGAUCCUGAUGUAAAAGAUACCAGUGAGACAAUUUAUAGUUAUUUAUCCUCAAUGUUAGGCAGUGUGAAUGUUGAAGAUGACAUUUUUCCUGAUAUGUCAAUCACAGCAGCAAUUUGGCGAGUUCAGGAGAGACAACCAAGAUUUCAAGAUUUUCUAUGGAGGUUUGUGACAAGUCCAGUCGCUUCACUUUGGUCAUGUGACAAGUUGCUCUCAGUUUUACAAUCAAAUCUGGACUUGUUAGCAGAGAAGGAACUACUGCUGCAUUUGUAUAAACUUGUUUGGAAAUUAACUGGCAAAGUUGCAGAUACCCAGUUAGAAAAAAUGACAAAGUUGGUGAUGGACAGUUUUAGUCAGCUUGACCUUCCAUCACGUGGUCAGCAUGUUGUACAUGUGUACAUCACCUACAGAGAGUGGCCCAAACCCCAGUCUGUUACCCCCACAUCCUUAAAUCAAAUCCUCAACAAAUUCACCACAGGAAUGGAAGAAAAGGUUCUGGUAGAGAUUCAUCAAGCUGUUUUACAAAAUGCUGAUCUGACCGUAAGCCAACUUUUGGAGAGAGCUGUAGGUGGAACACACCAGGCAGACAUUGUAUGCUCAAUACUGCAGACACUACAAGAACUGUGUUUAUAUCGUGAUGAUUCAGCCAGAAGUAUGCUCUGUAGCAGACUGGCCGAUUUCCUGACUUCUCACUCUCUUACUCAGAAGGAACAGGACACAAUGAUUAAAUUUCUGCAGGAUCUCAUCAAGGAUGGUAAGGAAGCUGUGCUAGAUCCAGAGGAAUUCUACCUCUCCGUGGUAGUUCCUCAUUUGUCUUCAUGUAAACAUCAAAACUCAGAGCUGACCGUGCAACUUGCUCUAGAUCUGGGAGGAGUAGCAUUGAUCGAGAUCCUGGAACAAGGGAAGUCAGACAUUGACCUCACACUGAGCCUCGGGUCAGCUGCUGAGAUACUGGAGAACUGCAGGGUUCUGUGGUAUAAGAACAGGGACAGUGUUAUCAUUAAACCAAGAGUAGUGGCCUAUCUUAACCUUCUAAGGCAGUUUAAAGAAAGGAACACAUUUUGUGUUGACUGGAUUGUAAAAGCCACAAUGGAUUAUGACUGCACUGUAAGAUUGGCUGCUUUACAUGUAUGUCUGACAGAUGAAGAGUUUUACAGUGUCUGUGAUUCUGUGUGCAAACAUCUUCUCCACCCAGACCAAGAAAUAGAUUAUGAGAAUUUCCUGCGGCUCGUUGCUGGAAGUGAGGAACUCUCUCAGAUGAUUGGGGGUUACCUUCAUGACAGAUGGACUCUCAAUUACCAAACAUUGCUGUUAACUCUUUCACAGGUGACACCACAUUUGAUACCAGAGGAAUGGAUUCGGUUAUUCAAGUUCCUGAGAGGAAUUGUCAAAUCCGGUCAUCUUUGCGUAUCUGUUAAGAUGUCAGGAAUUUUGCCACUGGUUAAUCUCACAGAGAUUUCAGAGUUGCUUCCCCUGUCUCAGUUACUUAGUGAUGUUCUGAGGAUUCUAUCUCAAACACAAAGCCAGCUCCCUCCUCCUGCUGUGGAACAUUGUAUCAGGUCUACAAUGGCUGUCUACAAGAAUGUGGUUCUGUCAGAAACAGUUAUUAAACCUCACUGCUGUCUGUUCCUGCUCAAUCAAGUGUUCUCACAUAUCACCCUGGCAACAGGCCAUUUCCCCCAAGAAAUGCUCGAUUCUGUCAAUAUACUGCUGUUAGACAUUGUGUGCCAGGUGGAGGACCUGUGUGGAAAGGUUGCCAUAGAUACAGUGUGUAGAGACCAGUUGUCUUGGUUACAGAAAACUUUCUGUGCAAUUCAUAAUGCAGAAACAAGAGACAUGGUUCAAAAAAAGCUGUUGUCAGUUUUACAUGUACAUUGAAGUCUUUCAUAUGUCAUUUCAAUAAAAAUUUAUAUUUUU